GGUGUCUCCCAAGCCCGCUCUUGUAUAAAGACAACCUUGCCGUGAUCCUUGCAGUAUCUCUGGUUGCACCUUCUUCUUCAGAAGGAGGCGGCAUCAUCAACGGAAGGAUUGUUCAGAGAGAGGACUAUGCACAGAGCGUCAGUGAGUCUAGGUACUGCCAGAUCGCUGUGAUUGGUGCGAAUUCUCUACAUGUUAGCAGGGAAUUGCAGUUCAAGUUUUUAGUAUUUUGUCCAACAUGGCCGUUUCGAGAAAAUUCUGCAUGGUCGUCGCACUAAUGGCAGGACUAGUCCUCACCGCUUCUGCGAUGUCCGAAUCCGAAGCGGAUUUUGCUAGUUUUGUAAAGCGCCAGCAGCUGAGAAUGGAUGCCAAGAAAACGGAGGGAAUGGGGAUUGCAGGCACCCCACCCGAUGACGGCAGCUCUUCCCCCUCGCCCUCAACCCCUACGUGCAUCCGGACAGUGGGGAUGGAGGGAUCAGGAGCGCAGUACCAGAAUGUUCAAGAUGCUAUCGAUUCCAUCCCCGAGUCAAACGAAGAGCGGUGUGUGAUCCGAAUUGGCGAGGGCUCGUUCUGGGGGAAGAACAUCGUUACCGCGAAACAGCGCUACAUUACAUUUGAGGGAGCGGGGAUGUUUAAGACAUUCUUGAAGUAUAACGACUACGCCGAGAAAGCUGGCAGCACAUCCAAGAGUGCCUCCACUGCUGUAAUGUCCGAUUACUUCGUUGCGAAGGACCUCACCUUCGAGAACACACACCCUCCUCCCCCUGGUGGUGCAGUGGGACAGCAAGCAGUUGCUUUCAGGAUCGAAGGAGACUUUGCUCAGUUCUACCGGGUGGGCUUCUUGGGAGCUCAGGAUACGUUGUACGAUAAGAAGGGAAGGCAUUAUUUCAAAGACUGCUACAUCAAAGGAUCAAUUGAUUUCGUCUUCGGAAACGGCCAAUCAUACUACGAGUACUGCCACCUGGACUCGAUUGCCAAUCCGGGAAGCGGUUCCCUCACAGCACAGAAGAAGAUGACCAAAGAUGAGAAUAGUGGGUUUUCGUUUGUCAACUGUAAGGUCACAGGAAAUGGACCUAUCUAUUUGGGUCGCGCUUGGGGACCAUACUCCAGAGUGGUAUUGCUGUUAACUGACAUCUCCGCUCCAAUCAUCCCUGCCGGAUGGUACAACUGGGGGGAUUCUAGCAGAGAAAAGAAGGUGUACUACGGCCAGUACAAGUGUACAGGCGUGGGAGCUAACACUGAAGGACGUGUGAAUUGGUCUAAGGAUUUGACAGAUGAGGAAGCUGCCCCGUUCUUGACGUGGGACUUCGUUGAUGGCCACGACUGGAUCACGCCCAUGUAAUUUUACGAAACAAAUAACAACGGUUGAGGGGUCCAUGCUUCAACCUUGUGAAAUGUAACGAAUUCCCCGGGGAAAUGAUUGCUAGAUCACAAACGAACGCAACAGUUCAAAGAGGGAUAGCCUCCUCGUCUUCCUCCAAUUCUCAGCAACGUAGUGUGACUCUUUUGUCCGUCUGGAUUGGGCUAAUAAGCGUUUUUUUCGUGUAAGUAUACAACACUGUCAGGAGCUAUCCUAGUGGACUUGUCCAGGGUCAAAUCAUUGUAAACUUGAAGGUCUAUGAUACCAAAAGACGGAGCAGCACUGGUGCUAGCUCCAGUGAUGUCAUGAUUCUGCUGCACAGCAUCCAAAUAAAGCGCCAUUCCAAAUUUUCCUUAUUCCA